AUGGGUAAUCAGCAUACAAAACAUGGUAAAACGAAGCGAUCCCUUUCAUCACAAUGUUCCGCUGGACAUUCGGUGAUAGCCAACGAACUGGUUCGGCGAUCGGCAUCCGCAAAUCCUGCUAGCGCAUCGAUUCUUCCACCAGAUGAGGACAAAGUGAUGGAUUGUGAGCAUGCGAUAAGGUGUCACAGCUUCGCUGGACCGCCACCUAUUAUCCUUGAAACGAAAGUGAAGAAAUCUCCGGCUCAUAGUAUUGGACAUGAUUCGAAGAAGGCGAACGACUCUGGCGAUUUCCUGUCGCCUGACGCGGCUAGUAGUCUUUCGACUAGACGCUCGUUAUCAACGCAACAACUCAAUGAAAGCAACCAGAAACGUCGGCAACAAAAACGUGAAACAAAUUGUAUGAUUUGA